CACAGACAGUUCCCCAUGGAGUUUGAGUUCAGUCAGUACUACCUGAAGUUUCUCAGCUACCACUAUGUGUCCAACCGCUUCCGCACCUUCCUCCUGGAUUCUGAUUACGAGCGCCUGGAGCUGGGUCUUCUCUAUGAAGAGAAAGGGGAUCGGAAGGGCCCCCAGGCCUACCGGUCCGUUUGGGACUAUGUGGACCGGCUGAACAAGAGGAUCCCCAUCUUCUUCAAUUACAUGUAUGCCCCUGAGGAUGGGGAGGUACUGCGUCCAUAUAGCAACAUUUCCAGUCUGAAGGUGUGGGACUACUACACCCACGAGGCUCUCGCGGAGGGGCCGUCCUAUGACUGGGAGCUGGUGCAGGACCAGGGGGAGCUCGUUGAGGAGGCUGCCCAGCACGACUCCAGCACUCCCCAAAGCCAUCGCAAGAUUGUUUGGCCCUGUUACGACAGCUGCCGCCGGGUGGAGCCAGAUGCCAUCUCUCGGCUGCUGGAGGAGGUGCAGAGUCUGGAGAUGGAGCUGGGCCAGGUGCCAGGACGCUGGAAGGAGACCUGGGACAAAGUGAAGACUUUCCAACAGUCGGAGGGCUCCACGCUGGACAGUAAAGCAGCACCCAGUUCUCUCCUGAUGGCAUCCAGCCUGUCGCAUCAGCGGCGCUCGCUCGGUGUCUACCUGCAGGAGGCGGGCAGCGGCAGCUCCACUUUAAACCUCAGUCUGGACAGUGAAACCAGCAGCUCGUCCACCCCCUCGAGUGGGAAGCAAGGUGGCCGUAAGAGCACCGGCACGCUUUACAGCCAGUUCCAGACAGCAGAGAGCGAGAACCGUUCUUACGAGGGCUCCCUCUACAAGAAAGGGGCCUUCAUGAAGCCCUGGAAGCUGCGCUGGUUUGUCCUGGAUAAAACCAAGCAUCAGCUUCCUUAUCUCUUUGACAGCCACCUGGACACGGAGUGCAAAGGGGUGAUAGACCUGGCUGAGGUGGAGGCCAUCACGCCAGGCACCCCCACCAUGGGAGCCCCCAAGAUGGUGGAUGAAAAAGCUUUCUUUGAUGUCAAGACAAUAAAGCGGGUUUACAAUUUCUGCGCCCAGGAUGUGCAGCUGGCCCAGCAGUGGAUCGAUCGUAUCCAGAGCUGCUUGUCUGAUGCCUGAGGUGCCACGUCUGGCCUGGCACAGCACAGAAGGAGGUGGGGGGGGGUGCUGCCCAGGAGGGAGACCCCAACCUGGCUUGGCCAUGUGCAGUUUGCAGGGAAGGGCGCGGCCAGCCUCUUCCACCUUGUGAAGAGGAGUCUGUCACGCGUCCGGCCUGGCGGAUCCUUGGGAGGGAUUGGUCCAUCUUCUGUUCUUCUCCUGAGGUUGGCAGGGCCAUCGGACUUCCAUGCCCCGGCUGCCUCCAGAGCAAGUGUGGCUGGCCAAGAAUGGGCUCUGUUCUGUCGGGGAAGCUGGCCGAGGUUCUGGCUGCGAGGCAGAGGUGGCAAGAGAUUGCUGCAAAGCAU